GAGAGGCACGAAACCCAACGCAACCAUUAGCAAAACAGAUGCAGAUGCAGAUACAGUGCUGAGAAUAUAAGACGAGAAGAGCUUUGUUUGUGUGAAGAAAGUUUUCUUUUUUUGAAGUUUGAGCUCUUUAAGAUCCAAAUGCUACCCCCGCACCCAAGUAACAGUGAAAGAGGAGAGAACAACAUUACUUAAAGCAUUUUUAUUGAGAGAGAAAACAGAGAAAGAGAAGAGAGAGGGGGAAGACUCUCUCAAUUUUUGUUGUGUUUUUCUAGAGAAGGGUGUAACAAGAAAGUGUAAUAGAUUGCGUUGAUAAAAGGGAUUCAUCAUCAUCGUCAUCAUGAGUAACUGGUUGGGGUUUUCUCUGACUCCACACCUAAGAAUCGAUGAAAGCUUUGGCAGAGAAGACCAUGGAGGUUUCUCUUCCGUCAUGCCUUUGCGUUCCGAUGGCUCUCUUUAUGUUGUUGACCCUUUUCGUCGCUCUUCUAACGGCGCCGAAGAUUGGAGAUAUGAAAAUAAUAUUGGCGGUGCAACUGAAAGUGAGGACGGUCCCAAACUUGAAGAUUUCUUGGGGUGUUGUUACUCAAACUCUCCAUCUGAGGAGACCAAAGUUUACGGCCAAACCCAAGAGGACUCAAACGAGAACAUUGUUUCAACUAGAAUCAAUGUCAAUGUAGCACCAAGCUAUAACACUAAUGGGGAUAUGGAAGGUGGAGAGACUUUAACAAAUCCAUCUUCUUUGAUCCAAACUUACCAAUACAACGAAAACCGUCAAACCCUAAUGGCAAGUGACAACCUCCAACAGUGUGACCCUAACCAUAACCAUAACAAUGGCAUGAACCAUGUGCCUUUCGAGAGUGCAACUUCGGUUUCAGGGUUCAAAUCCUGGUUGAGACAAACGCCAUUUUCUGAUGGGAAAGCUUCUAGUGAAGCAAGUAAUCAUUGCAACUUUCAGACACUCUCUCUUACCAUGACCCCAAGCUCCCAAAAUGGGACGAUGGCUGCAAUUGCACCAUUGGAAGGGGUUGAUAACCGUAAACGGCCUGUUGGGAAGAGCCUCGCCAGAGAACCAGUUCCUCGCAAAUCUAUCGAUACUUUUGGUCAACGAACUUCUCAAUAUCGUGGUGUUACUAGGCAUAGAUGGACCGGAAGAUAUGAGGCUCACUUAUGGGAUAAUAGCUGUAGGAAAGAGGGACAAACAAGGAAAGGGAGGCAAGUUUAUCUUGGGGGUUAUGAUAAGGAAGAGAAAGCAGCAAGGGCUUAUGACUUAGCUGCUCUGAAGUAUUGGGGUCCAACAACUCAUAUAAAUUUUCCUUUGAGUACUUACGAGAAGGAGCUGGAAGAGAUGAAGAACAUGACCCGUCAAGAAUUUGUAGCUCAUUUGAGAAGGAAAAGCAGUGGUUUUUCGAGAGGAGCUUCAGUGUACAGAGGAGUGACAAGGCACCAUCAGCAUGGAAGGUGGCAAGCUAGAAUAGGAAGGGUUGCUGGAAACAAGGACUUGUACCUUGGAACAUUUAGCACACAAGAAGAAGCAGCUGAAGCUUAUGAUAUUGCUGCAAUUAAGUUUAGGGGGACAAGUGCUGUAACCAACUUUGACAUAAGUAGGUAUGAUGUAAAGAGAAUUUGCUCAAGCUCUACUCUUAUUGGGGGUGACCUUGCAAAACGCUCACCAAAAGACUCUGGCCCAAUUGCUCUCGAGGAUUAUAAUUCGUGUUCUUCAUCAACAUCAGCUCACCCGCUUCUAGCUAUAUCAAACGGUGAAGCAUCUCACGAAGUGGCUGACAUGGUUUGGAAUGCAAAUUCAGAUGAUAAUCAGCAGCAUCAAGGUAGUAACACUAACAAUGACGCAUCCUUGGCAACUUCAAAUGGCCGUAAUUCCUCUAACCCCCAAAGUCCAAAAUGCUCAGUUGGAUUAGCUAGUGAGUUUGGCAUUGGUGGAGACUACUCUCAAGGCUACUUCUCAUUAGAGGGUCCAAAGUUUGAAGAUGGCAGCAAUGGGACUGAAAAUUCAAAUGAAAACCGGCUGGGGAGUUUGGGUGUGGUUCAUCAGGUUCCAAUGUUUGCGCUUUGGAACGAGUGAGUCAAUUGUUUAAGAAUUUGAGAGGCACUGAUUGAUGAUAGAGAAGUGGCUUGGUUUCAAUAUAGAAAACUAGAAAGAGGGUAGGAUAUGUCACACAGAAUAGAAUGGAUUCAAUGUUCUUUAGGUGUUUUGGUUUCAAUAUGAAUUCACCGUUCUCUACCUUAUCAAAGUAAAAUGGAAAGAUGAGGCCUUUAGUUCG